AAAAGAAAAUAAAAAAUCUUUAAAUAGAUCAGAGUAAAACAUAAAAUCUUUCACUCUGUCUUCGUCUUUUAAUUAAAUUCAGUCCCAAAAACAAAAAAAUUUACAGAGUUCAGGAAUUUGAUCAAGAAUGGCUAAGGAAGUUUCUAAUGGAGAUCAUAGCUCUGCUUCAAAGCCACCACCAACUCCAUCUCCUUUGAGAUUCUCCAAAUUCUUUCAGUCCAAUAUGAGAAUUUUGAUCACCGGAGGCGCUGGAUUUAUUGGAUCUCACCUUGUGGAUAGGUUGAUGGAAAAUGAAAAAAAUGAGGUUAUUGUGGUGGAUAACUUCUUCACUGGCUCCAAGGACAACUUAAAGAAAUGGAUUGGUCAUCCAAGAUUUGAGCUCAUUCGUCACGAUGUCACUGAGACAUUGCUUGUUGAGGUUGACCAAAUUUACCAUCUCGCUUGCCCUGCUUCUCCAAUCUUCUACAAAUACAAUCCCGUAAAGACGAUAAAGACAAAUGUUAUCGGGACAUUGAACAUGUUAGGGCUCGCCAAGCGUGUUGGAGCAAGGAUUUUGCUUACUUCAACCUCGGAGGUCUAUGGAGAUCCACUUGAACAUCCUCAGACUGAAAGCUAUUGGGGAAAUGUUAAUCCAAUUGGAGUGAGAAGUUGCUAUGAUGAAGGGAAGCGAGUAGCAGAAACUUUGAUGUUCGAUUAUCACAGACAACAUGGGAUUGAGAUAAGAAUUGCCAGAAUUUUCAACACUUACGGCCCUCGCAUGAACAUUGAUGACGGACGUGUUGUCAGCAAUUUUAUAGCUCAGGCAAUCCGGGAGGAGCCCUUGACUGUUCAAGCACCUGGAACACAAACCCGGAGUUUCUGUUAUGUGUCUGACAUGGUCGAUGGCCUCAUCCGGUUGAUGGAAGGAGAAAACACUGGUCCGAUCAAUAUCGGGAAUCCAGGUGAAUUCACAAUGCUUGAACUUGCUGAGAACAUUAAAGAGCUUAUCAAUCCUGAUGUAGAUAUCAAAAUGGUGGAGAACACACCAGAUGAUCCACGUCAAAGGAAGCCGGAUAUCACGAAAGCAAAUGAGUUGCUAGGAUGGGAACCGCAGAUCAAGCUCCGUGAUGGUCUUCCACUUAUGGAGGAGGAUUUCCGAUUGAGGCUCGGUGUCCCCAGAAAGAAGUGAUGUGGAUAUUAUCAGUUGAUUUUUUUUUCUUGAGCAAUACUAUAAUAUUUUCCGGCAUUUUACCUUCAACCUAGUCAUCUGUUGACUCAAAAACAAUAAAUGUUUUUUUUCCUGCUCUUAUCACAGUUGAAAUAUAGGAGUGUAAUUUGGGAUUUUAUCAAUUGGUGUCAUGAAUAAGUUCUAUACCCUUUCAUAUGGAUUGUAUAAGUUUGUGAUUGGCACCUUUUAGUGCUUCCAAAAAUAAUUCUAAAGUUCAACUUUAUUUA